GGUGGCGCAAGGUGCCUUACAACUUCUCUGCCGAAUCUGCAGGCUUCUGUUUGCCCUUCGUAGUGUAUGUGUUCUUGGGGACGUUUUUUGGUUAUGAAGAAUGUAACACAUUGAACCUUCGAGACAUUACGAGCCACUGCAAGAAUGAAUUCUUCGAUUACAAAAGUCGUUUGCCGUGCAGCUUUAGGGCGAAAGAGCUGCGGCGUUACUCUAGUGGCAAGCCGAAAUGCAUCUCAGGCUACAUUUCAGACGAAGCCAUAUAAGCUGCACAGGCUGGAUUCCGGUCCAUCCACGGACGUAACCUGUACUCGUGAAGAUGCUUUGAAGCUGUACCACCAAAUGUUUGUCAUACGUCGUAUGGAAACUAUGGCCAACGCCAUGUACAAGUCGAAGCUUAUCCGUGGUUUCUGCCAUCUUUAUUCCGGCCAGGAAGCCUGUGCAGUUGGUAUGGAGGCAACCUUGAAGAAAGGCGACAGCGUCAUCACUGCCUAUCGAGCCCAUGGUUGGGCUUAUCUCCGCGGAGUCAGCGUUAAAGGAGUGCUCUCCGAACUUACAGGUCGCAGAGAAGGCUGUGCCCGUGGGAAAGGAGGCUCCAUGCACGUCUAUCAUGAAGGGUUCUACGGUGGAAACGGCAUCGUAGGAGCUCAGGUGCCGCUUGGAACUGGCAUCGCAUUUGCGCACAAGUACAAUGGUACAGACAACGUGUGCCUCACCCUGUACGGGGAUGGAGCAGCCAAUCAGGGCCAAGUAUUUGAGGCGUACAAUAUGGCCAAGCUGUGGAACCUUCCUUGUGUGUACGUCUGUGAGAACAAUGGUUUUGCCAUGGGCACCAGCGCGGCCAGGGGAGCUGCCUGCACGGAUUACUACUCUCGUGGAGACUACAUUCCGGGCAUUUGGGCGGAUGGCAUGGAUGUCCUGGCAGUGAGGGAAGCAUCCCACUUCUGCGUGGACAUGUGUAGACAAGGCAAAGGGCCCGUUGUCUUGGAAGUGGCAACAUACAGAUAUUACGGCCACAGCAUGAGUGAUCCAGGCACCAGUUACCGGACGAGGGAAGAAGUGCAGGAAGUACGACACACGCGGGAUCCAAUCACACAUUUCAAGGACAAGAUCAUCACAGCGGAGCUUGUCACUGCCGACGAGAUAAAGAAACUGGAGCAAGAAGUGAAGAAAGAUGUGGACCAAGCUGCAGAGAUUGCAAAGUCAGAAAAGGAGAUUCCCCUGGAAGAGCUUUUUGGUGACGUCUACUCACAUCCAUUGGAAGAAGACAUCCGAGGCACGACACCCUUCACGCAGCACAAACACCUCAGGGUCAACAAACCAAUCAACCUCAACUGAGCAGAAACAUCGUAGCCAUCCUUAGCGGGCAAACCAAGUAUAGGCGAGCGAUUAAUAAACAAAAUAAAUUGGGUGA